ACGCACACCCUCAAUUAUAGAAAAAAUCAUUCCGUCCGUCCGUCCGCCGUACGGUUGGCGUUUUCAAAUUGAAAAGGCAGGGUUCGAGGGUCUCGCCUGUUUUGCUCUUCAAUCUACAGUGAAGAAGCGGCGAGAGAGAGAGAGAGAGAGAGAGAGAGAGAGAGAAUGGCGAAGCCGAGGUGCUUCUUGGACGUAAGCAUUGGAGGAGAGUUGGAAGGGAGGAUAGUGGUGGAGCUCUACAACGACGUCGUCCCCAAGACCGCCGGGAACUUCAGGGCUCUUUGUACUGGUGAGAAGGGAAUUGGCCCUAACACCGGUGUCCCCCUCCAUUUCAAGGGUUCACAUUUUCAUCGCAUCAUCAAAGGCUUUAUGAUACAAGGUGGAGACAUAUCUGCCGGGAAUGGCUCUGGUGGCGAAUCCAUAUAUGGAUUGGAAUUUGAAGAUGAAAAUUUUCAGUUAAAGCAUGAAAGAAGAGGGAUGUUGUCAAUGGCUAAUGCAGGUCCUAAUACCAAUGGAUCUCAAUUUUUUAUAACCACUCGAGCGCCUCAUCUAGAUGGGAAGCAUGUUGUUUUUGGGAAGGUGAUCAAAGGGUUGGAGGUGGUCCGUUCAAUUGAGCAUGUUCAUACAGGUGAAAAUGAUUAUCCUACUCUUGAUGUGAUAAUUGUCGACUGUGGUGAAAUUCCUGAGGGAGCGGAUGAUGGGAUAUGUAACUUCUUUAAAGAUGGUGAUACUUACCCUGAUUGGCCAGCUGACCUUGAUGUGAAACCAGAUGAACUUUCCUGGUGGAUCAGUGCUAUAGAUUCUAUCAAAGCUUUUGGAAAUGAACAGUUCAAGAAACAAGACUAUAAAAUGGCAGUUAGGAAAUAUCGGAAGGCUCUGUUCUACUUGGAUGUAUGCUGGGAGAAGGAAGAUAUUGAUCAAGAGAAAAGCUCGUCUUUGAGGACUAUGAAGUCUCAGAUUUUUACGAAUAGCUCUGCCUGCAAAUUGAAAUUAGGAGAUUUAAAAGGAGCGUUGUUGGACGCAGAAUUGGCAAUCCGCGAACGAGAAGAUAACGUGAAAGCUUUAUUCCGUCAAGGCCAGGCAUACAUGGCGCUUAAUAAUGUAGAUGCUGCAGCUGAAAGUUUCAGGAAAGCAUUGGACUUGGAGCCAAAUGAUGGUGGUAUAAAGAAGGAGUUUGCUGCUGCAAAGCAGAAGAUUUCUGAUAGGCGUGAUCAGGAGAAAAACGCUUACAGAAGAAUGUUUAUCUAGAGCUCAGGCAGUAAUGGGGCAUCUCUUUUACAAGCAGUCUAUUUUUCAAUUUUUCAACCUUCACGUACUUUAUGUAGACUCUGGUUCAAAUACAUAGCACAGAUAUGAUUGGAGUUUGGGGGCCUCAGGUACAUCCGUUCUCCAAAUUUAUGCUAUUUUCAAUAUAUUUGUUUGAUAAUAUGAUGAAACAAAGUGAUAGUGCCAAAAUCACUAUUGAAAGUCAAAUGAUCUUGCUUGUGCUUUAUUUUUUUUACCAUCCAUCUGAUUGAAGUUUCUGCUUUAGUGAAGUUUUACAGGUUUUGUUUGGAGGGCAACAGAAGGUUUCCAUACCUUUUUUGGGAGAAAACUUUAAGAUACUCGAAGCUUUAAGCAAAUUUUGUCUUACACAUUUUUAUUGUGUUAGUUAUGAUACAUCAUCUGAAUAGGAAAUUAGGUAGGUCAUAAAAUUUAGUUAACCGUCGAAAAUUGCUGUUAUGUUUUAUACCAGAACAUCUCUGAUUUCACUGGAAGCGGAUGGCUUCGUUUUCUUGACUAAUUACUUAUUUGUUA